AGUUUAGUCAGCGUAUUUUGGAGACGAUGCUCUGGCAAAGCGAGGAGUGUUGAAGUUGAUCCACCCCUUGGAGCACGGCAUAGUGACUGAUUGGGACGCCAUGACAGAGGUGUGGGACGAAGUGUUCUAUAACGUGUUAAGAGUGUCCCCUCAAUCUCAUCCUGUGUUCCUGACCGAGACUGCUCUCAACCCUAAGGAGUCUAGAGAACAAAUGACCGAGAUCAUGUUCGAGGGAUUUAGAACUCCUGCCAUGUACGUUGCAAUCCAGGCACAGAUGGCACUUUAUUGUACCGGGAGAACUACUGGAAUUGUGCUGGAUGUUGGGGACGGAGUAUCUCACAGCAUCCCUAUCUACGAGGGAUAUUCCUUGCCGCACGCAGUACUGAGAAAGAACAUAGCCGGUAGAGACUUGACUUCUUAUCUCACAAUGUUGAUGCGACAGCGAGGUUUUAACUUCGUCACCGGAGGAGAGCUAGAGAUCGUCCGGCAAAUUAAGGAAGAGCACUGCUACGUAGCUUUAGAUAAACCGUACGAAGACGAGCUUCCAGAGCUCCCGAUAGAAAGAAGGUACGAGCUUCCUGACGGCCAGAUCGUCACUAUUGGACGAGAGAGGUACGAAUGUCCGGAAUGUUUAUUUAACCCCUCCCUGAUCGGUGCUGAAAGUGAGGGGAUACACAAGCUGAUAUACGACUCUGUUUCAAAGUGUGAUAUCGACCUUCGGGCUGAGUUUUAUAAGAAUAUCGUCCUUUCAGGCGGAACGAGCAUGCUGCCGGGUAUGGGAUAUCGGGUAAAAAGAGAGCUGUGUUCCCUCCUCCCCGCCACAGUGACCGUCAACAUCACAGAGUGGGAGAAACGGCAGUAUAUGGUGUGGAGGGGAGCUUCUAUCCUUGCCUCCUUGUCUUCCUUUGCGUGUCAGUGGAUCUCAAGUCAGGAGUAUGAUGAACAUGGUCCUAGAAUAGUGCAUAGGAAGUGUUUAUAAUGAAGGAGAGGUGUGUAAGAUAGAAGUCAGACUGGGACGCUAGUUAAAGCGCUUUCAAUCCAACAAGGUUCCAUAUGAAUGUUUAUACAUUUGAGAUCAUAAAGUUUGGUGCUAUUUACACUUUGUUAAAUUAGAUAUUUGAAGUAGGAAACGAAAUUUUGCUCGCUGCCAGUUUAAACAAUGUCUUUGGGUUUACAGGGUUGAGGAUAGUGUUAGGGCAAUAGCACUAGCAGUUUGUUAGUGUUAUUGUUAUGAAUAAGUCGGUGUAAAUUCAAAUGUCGAACACCUUGACCGGAGAUACUAUUACUCGUACAUCAUUUAUACGAAAGACCGUAUAAUUUGUAUAAAAAGCUUGUCUUAAUAUUGUUGACGUUUCUUAGCUGACGUAUUUAUUUGCUGAUGUGUUUAUUCUUGAGAUCCCUUCAAAGGGGCAAAUCUCCUUUGUUUCAUGACUUCUCAUUAACUUCUAGAUUGCUUCUU